AUGGGUAGCCCUCAACGAAAUAACGGUUCCCAUACGGCUGUUUAUGGUCUUUCCGAAAAGGACUUGGUUGAUCCAGUAUGUUCCUCUGCAUUUCCUGGGAUGCGUUACAAGGGCCUUGAUUCUGGACGUCCUUUUCAAGUUGAAGCAAGACCCGAUUUGUCUUCUAGUGAACAGUUAGAACUGUCUUCAUUAACAAGUGAAGAACCUUGCGCUUUGCCUGCUACUGUACUUAUUGGUGGCGCGAGCAGAUGUGUGGGGACUGUUUCUCCAGGUGAGUAUGAGACUAUGGAGGGUGAAGAUGAAGAACCUGAAUCGAGCUCAUCGCUUGAUAAUAGUGGGGAGUAUGCACCUCUUGGUUUCACUGUUGUUACGGGUGGCCCUUUAAGAGCUCUAUAUAAACCCAAGACGGUAUCUUAUUCUGCCGACGAAUCUGAAGACAGUAACACAGAGUUGAGUUUUUCCGACGCACCCCUUGUUAUGACGGUUCAAGAAAAUCGUGGACAGGCGUCAGUUCAACGUCAAAAAGAAAGAAACAUUGAAGUCCUUGAAUGCAAACCAGAAGCUGAGGCGAAAGAGGACGUUGAGGAACAAGGGCAACUGAAUGCGAUUGUUAUUAGGAACUUGGUAAGGCGUUUGCGGGACCCCAAUGUUCAGGUUGCUGCUUCUGAAUUUGAAAACCUUGAAUGGGAUGAUCCAAAUUUUGAGGAAGAACUGCAAACACUAAAGCAAAUAGCAUCGUAUACAGAAGUAAAGGAGACCAUGAUGAAGACUGCUAAGGACGGCAUAUUGGAAAGUUCAUCGCUUAUGGAUCAAAAGAUAAAGGAUGCCGUUAUGAUGCUUCCAGAGAUCACCGUUGUGGGAGUAAAGGAUAAAUUUGUGGAGCAAGUGGGAACGUAUGGCACUUUGAAUAAAAUUGGACAGGAAUUUGUGUCACCAAAUAGUCCAAAGAAAUCCCUUUUGGGAGCUCCGCGUGAGAAAAUUAUUAUUGUUGGAAAUAAUGGGAAGGUGGCUGUACUUUCCAAGGAAGCGUAUACAGGUUCUCGUUUUGCCGGAAAGAAGAAGAUGACCGAAAGCAUGAUAUUUACUGCGGGUGGUGCUGAAGCGGCGAUUUCCUUCAAGGAAUCUCGCGUGGGUUCUUGCAACGUUGAAAAAAAGAAAAGAAAGGACCACUUGUUGACUUCUCAAAAAUUUACUAUUAUUCCAAAAGAAGCCGCAUUUGGUGAGGAAGAGAAACCGACCCGUAGAAAGCGCAGGGAGGAUCUUGGCCGAAAGUCGGUUGUAAUCUACGACAUCCCGGAGUUGAUCAAUGGGGAAAUUGUUGAGACAGAGUAUAUGGACACGGAAGAUGCACACAAUGGGGCCAAGGAUGAAGAAAAACAGACAAGACGACACUCAAGGAAUAAAGAGACAACUAGAAAGAGUCGAGGUUGGUCCGUAAUCAACGAGGUCUUACCAGAUGAGGCACAAAACGGUUACGCUGUGAAUGGGGAUGAAAAUCUUCUCAGCAAAAAAGGGCGAGUUCCUGCAACGAGGCGACAUCGGCGUAAUAACAAAAAUCGUUCCAUUACUUUUGCUGAAUUGUUGGAAGUGGAAGGGGAAGAGGUCCCACUUGAGGCAUUGGGGGCUCAAACAAUUUCUCUACCAUCUUCUACGAAUCCUCAUGAUGGAGAAACCACAGAAACCAUCGUGGAAAACGAGCAAGCUACACAUACCCCUUUGGGUUAUGCACAAGUUUCUUGUCAAGAUUCAUGUAAACAGAAGAAUUCUGCCGAUGUAUUGCAGCCUCUCGUUGAAAAAAAUGUUACUGGGGUUGUUGAGAGGGCGAAAGAUGGUAAAUCACAACUGAAGAAGAAAAAAAGGUAUCGUCCAGUAUCGGACCGGCAGAAAUCACGCGAGUUAGAAUACUCAUUAUUUCUCGAUGAGGAAGGGACUGAAAUAGCUGAGUCAGAGGAAGCCUUGGGCCUGAAUGACGGGAGGGCGAGUACCGUCUCACGAUUGAGAGAGAAGCACUCCUUGGACCAUCAGGAAGCGGCAAAAGACGCCAAUUGCCAAGUAUUGCCGCCUCUAGCUCCUGCUACCUCUUGGAGGCAUCGUGUCCGGUCAAAGAAGUCAUUGAAUGCUUCCUUAAGCGUUACCGAACUGCCGGAACCCACGGUGAGUGAAAUUCCAGAUACCACCAUGGAUCCCUCAAAAGUGGCGAAAAUGUCCAACCAAGGAGAAUCAGCAUUGGGUGUGACACACAAUGCCCGUAAGUUCCGUCGUGCAAGGUCGAACAACCUCAAUCGUUCUGCUACAAGUUUUGUUUUUGUGCCCGAUGAGGAAAUCAUCGAAUUGAAAGAAAAAGUUGAAGAAAGCCUGGAUCAGACCACUUCCAGAGGAAAUACGCUUAACGAAGGAAUAUUGUUACCAGUAUUAUCUAGGCCUCGGAGGCGAAAACACAGCUCUGCGGCGGCCAGCAUGACAUCUCUGGACAUUGCUGAAUCGAGCACGAUGGAAUUUAAUCUUGACGAUACAAUUCAGAGCACUUGGAACAGAAAAAGGUCCAAAUGA